UCAACUCAAAUAUCUUGAAAGUCGGGAGAAAAGAUAUGUAUCUAUCGCGUUGAUGAACGCGAUUAGAGGAGGGCGAUGUGUAGGGCGCAGAUGCGAGACGCACGCUGAAGACACGCUGAAAAAUGGCUAAAACGGGGGACACGUAUUUUCGUUUUCUCCAGCAAGUCUUCUCGAUUCAGUUACUCCCGUUGGACUCGACGUCAACAAGCGUACACGUCGGAGAGCAGCAAAUGAUACCUCGUACACAAAUGACGUGGUGGGGUCUCGUUGCGUCUCGGGACGUCGUUGAGGACAUCAACGACGAGGAUGCCUCGCGCUUUCCACUUCAAGUCUGCGUUCUUGUAUUGGCCAGUCCUUCCCCAGUCGUCGAAUCUCGCUGAUCAUUACGCUCCAUUAUUGUGCAAAACCAAAGGGAGUAACCGCAAACGAGUAAUCCCAAAUGUUGCGCUAACACACGUUUGCACGGAGACGUAGUUCACCGGCGAGAAUAACGAACAGUCCGAAGGAGCGUUUCCUCAGCUUCGGCAGGUCUUGCCGUCGCGUCGCCGUUCCGCGCGCAACACGGCGUUUCUCUCCGCCUGCGAUUUCCUGCGAGGAAGAAGAGUCUCGAUUGCUUGUACAUGUACAAACGAAGAUAAAAAAUAUGCGCCUCGCUCUCUUCCGUAACUCGAAAGACUGAUUUUACGGAGUCGGUGUCGGUGUUUGCGAGCUUGAGCUUGAGCUUGAGCGACGGGGUCACAAAAGUAAAAGUGUUCUCUCUCUGUCUCUCUCUCUCUCUCUCUCUCUCUCUCUCUCUCUCUCUCUCUCUCGCUCUCCGACUAUACACCCAUCAGCCGCGUCAUGUCGCAUUGGCAAUUUUUGUUUCUCUCGUGCAUCCGUGUGAUAUUUUUCGCGUCACUUUGUGCCGCCGAGACAUCUAACGAGAUCAUCACGAUCACGACCAAUCGUCUCCUGCCCGCCUACACCAUCGCCACGAGAGCUGACUUGCUCAACAACUUGACGACGUGCAGAGAGGAACUGCGAGACUUCCGAAACGCCGUCGACCAUCGGAUACUAUGGGGUCUGAAAAUACUAGAUUCUAGCGGCGCGCCUAAACCGGGUUUUCUCUACGGAAAUAAUUUUUGGCUGGGCAGCCGUAAGCAAUGUCAAGACGCAACAAAUACGAAUUCUCUGAGUCUGUCGGAACGUGAAGUACUGAAUAACACGCUGUACCGCAACCCGCAAGAGGAAUACUCGCCCUUCCAAGUAAAUUACUUCGUUGCUCAUUUCAGACACAACAGUACCCUUCAGUACCACAUUAAAUUACCCAACGAAGACUUGAUUACCCUCGGCCUCUGUUUACCGGCAUCCUGCUCUACGAACGAUCUAAGCUUCAUUUUGGAAGGAAUAUUUCGCGACAGAACUCUCUUAAUCGGUGACUUUUACUCGGCGGACUUUAAGCUGCUUGAAGUCAAAGAUCUGCAAAACGAUUAUCAAUGGUUAUUCAGUGGCGAAGUACUUUUCAUCGGCUUUACCUUAGCGCUCACUUGGAUCUUGAUGAUAAUCGGAACGAUAUACGAUAUCUUCGUGCAUCAAAAAUCCUUGAAAAUUCAAAAUCUCCUUCGUUCGUGUGACGAGAAUACAGCUCUGCCGCUAAAAAUACCGGACGAUUAUGACGCGAGCAAUUCGAAAGAUGCGUCGGAAAACACGUCGGAAAUGACCGACUCGUUUCUACGCAAAGAGAACAAUAUCGAGCAAAUGCUCAUGUGCUUCUCCGUUUACACAAACACGGGAAUUGUAUUCAACACCAAACUGGACGCCAACUCGUUACCCGUGAUUCACGGCUUGAGAUUUCUAAGCAUGGUUUGGGUGAUCAUGGGCCAUACCAUUUUUUACAUGAUAGACUAUUUCGACAAUAAAGCAACGGCUAUAAGGAUGAGCGACAGUAUCGCCAGUCAAGUGAUCAGUAAUGCAUCAUUGGUGGUCGACACUUACUUUUUCCUGAGCGGAUUUCUACUGACUUAUAUGUAUUUGAUUAAGUCGAUGGGAAGGACACAGACCAAGCCGAUUAAUUACACGGCGAAGCUGAACGAGUUCUUUGUCGCGGUAAUGAGCAGAUUUAUCCGGAUAACACCGUCCUACAUGAUAACGAUGGGAAUAGUAUACUUGAAUUCAUCCUGGUACAGCAGGACCUCGCAAUUUUACAUGAACGAAAGGCCGCACGAAACAUGCGCCAAAUAUUGGUGGAGGAAUCUAUUGUACAUAAAUAAUCUGUUCGAUCGCGCUUCGAUGUGCAUGUCUUGGAGUUGGUAUCUUUCCAAUGAUAUGCAAUUCUUCGUAAUCGGCUUGAUCCUACUGAUCCUGUCGACUGUGUACUUUUACACGGCGGUCGUCAUACUAUGUACACUUCUGAUAGGCACGAUCGUACUCACCGGUUAUAUCUCAUACGUUAACGAAUACGUCCCGACGCUGGACGAGCAGUAUAGAUUCAUGGACCUUCUGUACGACCGACCGUGGGUCAGAAUAGGUCCCUAUCUCGUCGGGAUGAUCGCGGCUUACAUUCUGCUAAAAAUGGGCAAAAAAUUGACCUUGAAGAGGACAACUGUAAUUUUGUGCUGGUGCUUUGGUAGCGCUUGCAACGUUUUCGUAUUAUUCGGUCUUUACCAACGACACAUAUCCGUCGUCGUCGCUUCCUUUUACGUUGCGUUCAGCAGAACAGUCUGGGCGAUAGGUCUGGCAUGGAUCUUAAUAGCGUGCUACACCAAACACGGAGGCAUAGUCAACCGGUUUUUGUCGUUCAAGUGCUGGAUCCCUUUCAGUAGGCUCACUUAUUGCGCGUAUCUGUUAAAUCCUUUCAUCGUAAGCUCGAUUUACUUGUACGGAGAAUCGGUCGGCCAUGUAGACAUCCUGUCGCUGAUUACCAUAUUUCUCGGCAACUUUGUAAGCACUUACUGUACCGCUUAUGUGCUGUCUUUAAUGUCGGAGACGCCGUAUAUAUUGCUAAUACGGAGGUUCACUCAGCCCCGCAACGUAAGGCAGAAAGAUGAGAAAUUCCGCAAACGUGAUCGCAACAGCAACACCACAACAUAUUGACACACUAGCUUAAUUACACUCGAUUUAAGUUUAAUCGAUUCUCCCCGCCUGAAGAAUCGCAUCUCCGUGUCUUAAAAUAAAACUGGUUUUGUACGGUGA